AUGGAGACAGCUGGCAAUCUUUUCAUGCGCAUUCCUGCCGAACUAAGGAGCAUUAUCUACGAAUACGCUUUGACAGAAGACCAUCCUUUGAGUGUUAAGAAACCAAAUGGUCAUGCCAUCUACGCAGCAUUGCACCCGCAGCUUCGAGACCGGCACCACCUGCAAAUUCUCUCAACAGGCUUGUCACAUCCCUACGGCGUUCGUAAAACUGCUGAAGCGAACCAGCUGCGCUUCACUAACAAGCAAAUGUACCACGAGACACGCGGGCUUUCACUGCACUACAACGCCAUUGAAUUCACUAACGUUGAAGACGCGCAUUACUUCCUUAAACGCUGCGCAACCUUGCACCUCAGCAAGCUUCGACUGGUCACCAUCCGAUGGGCGGAUCAGAACACGUUCGGCGUCCCUGAUCCCAAGAUAUGGCAGAAUAUAUCGAAUUUCUGCCAACUCUAUCCAAGCGCCAUGGUGCGCGUCCACGUCUCGGAUCGGUCGCCGAAUACACUGCACACUCUUCUCUGGCUGGCCAGAUACGAAGCGCAAAUACGCGAUACCAGGUCUCUUUUCACUGCGCUUAUUGAAGAAAAUUCCGUGUUUCGAGAUGUCGUCCGUCCUUGUCUACCACUCGCGCCCGGAAUGCCUGUUGUCCAUGACAGUCUUCGCUUCUUCCCUGCUGCGGAAGUUUUCGAUGAGGAGGAGUUCGUGCGCAACGCCGAUAAUCGGCAUUCUUUCCUCGUACUCCCUCUCGCAUUGAGAUUAGGUGGUUUUAGAGGAGGGCUGGAUGGCUUGGUGAGCUUGAUGAAACAUGUUGUCGAGCAUGGUGCUUGA